CAAGGUGGCUAUCGGGAUUUAGCUCGUUGGGCUACGUAACGUAGCGUCGUAGAGCGCGACGCGGAGAGCGAGGAGAUAACCUACAUCGGGGGGGGGGAAGACGGACGCAGGAGCGCAACACUCGCCGCCGAAAUAAGUUUGUUUUUUUUUGUCGUCCCUCCACCAACACCACCUCCACCUCCACCACCACCCCCCCACGAGUCUAACGUCGCACGUCGAAGAAACGCCGAGGACGCGAUGCCAGAGCCAGCUGAGAUGAGUGGUCCAGAGGUGGCCAAGACACCAGGAGGCGGGGCUCCAGGUGGAAAGGAAGGGAAGGAGCCCGUAGCCAAUGGGCAUGCAGGAGAGGGCAGUGAUUCCAACCCAUUCGCUGAGUACAUGUGGAUGGAGAAUGAGGAAGAGUACAACAGACAGGUGGAAGAGGAGCUGUUGGAGCAGGAGUUCCUGGAGCGCUGCUUCCAGGAAAUGCUGGAGGAGGAGGAUCAGGAUUGGUUCAUCCCAUCGCGUGACCUGAACAACCAGGGGGUGGGGCAGCUGCAGCAGCAGCUGAAUGGCCUGUCCGUCAGCGAUCAUCACAGCAACCUGGAGGAAGUAGCGAGGAAGAGCAUCUUGAAUCCUGAAGCUAAGGAGUUUGUCCCGGGAAAGAAAUACUAGGACUCCCCCUCACCCCCAUGGGGCCUAGAUGCGCGUGCACACACACAUGCGCACACACACACCAGGCCUCAGUUAUUCUCAGAGACUCUAGCGGCCUUGACCGCAAACACACACACAUACACACACACACACACACACACACACACGAUAAGCCAAUAGUGUGCUGGCGGGCCCAAUUGGGGGGUGGGGGGAAUUUUUUUUUUCCUUUAAAGUUUUUAUUUUUGUUUUUCUUCUUGUAAACUGAGGGGCAUCAGCUAACGGGUUGGGAGGGGUGGAAUACCAGCAGCGUCCUAUUGAGGGCGCUAGCGCAUCGUUACGUUUCAGAUUCUAGACGAUAUACAGAGAAUACAGCGGGGUCACUAUACUGUCCCCUCGGAUCAGAGGCAGCUAUCCGAGGAGAGAUGCCGGGACCUAGCAUCAUAUUGAUUUAUACCCCCCCCCCCCAAAAAAAAAAAGUUGACCAUUCAGCCCUUUUUCUUUAAAAAAAAAAAAAAAUACUGUUGAAUUUUGAGGAAAAAAAGGAACAUUGGAACCACAGUUAAUUUGAAGAGAAUGACAUCUUUUUUCCCCUCCCAGGGGGCAGUUUGUGCCGCUGAUGCUCUGUAGGAUCAUAGUCCUGCUCAGCCAGACCUGCUAGCAUCUCCUCCUUUGACAUUAUAAUCGAACGCUCUGUGGAUCUAGAGAUGCAGCAUUUUACUUGUAUAAACAUAUAAACAGAACUAUAUUUGUGCAGCUGUGUUCCAAGCCGAAUCCAUACCCCUGUCCCUCCUACGCCUGUGAGUCCAAGUCAUCCACGUGAAUCUGGGCAGGUGUAGAACAGAAACGGUAAGCUGGAGCUAAUUUCAAGCUUGUGAGAGCAGAGGUGAGAGUCAGCUUCUCGGAAAAGGAUGAAGGCUGGUUCGGUGACUUCGGCUUUUAAUUCCGAAAGGUUUUGCCGUCGUUUAGAAAAUUGGGAAGAAAUGCCCCGAGUCCUCGUUGUUAAUCUCCGACUUGGGAGUUCAAAGCGUUUUCUCUCGCCGUUCGAUUUGUGGGAUGUGGUGAAACACUUGUGCGUUGAGAAGGGAGGGGGGUUAGGGUUUUGGUUUGGAACUCAGCCGCCGUGUGUCCUCUUCCGUUACAACUUGGUUUGUCCAGCAUCAGAUCAAGUAUCCAUAUCAGAAUCAGGUUCUCAAACAGCCUCUCCUCCUCCUCCUCCUCCUCCUUUUUUUUUUUUUUUCCUCCCCCCGGGAUUUUCUUUGUGUCCCUGUUUUUGCAUAUAUAUAUAUUUCUUUGAGGAUGAGGCGUUUUGUGUCUACCGGGUUGCCAUAGACUGUGGUCCAGCAAAUGUCCAUAGACAUUUGGUCCAGCUUUUUUUUUUUUUUUUUUUGGGUGGGUGGGGGGGCAGAAACGAGGAGACGCUGUUACCAUGGUGGGUAGGGGUUGAUCAUGUUACACUUGCAGCUGUGGUGGCGGCGCCUCCUCACCGCCACCCCUCCUCCUUUGAGGGAGUCUUCUUUGUUUUUCGGGGCCCUAAAACACUUGUUUUGGACUCGUUUUCCCUCGAGCAUCUUGUUCUCCGCAUCAUCUCCUCUCCCGUCGUAAACCAGCAGGGCGAAAUCUGGAUUAGUGUGAAGACACUUCUCGGGGUGGUGGGUGGGGGGGUUAUACAACACAGUGAUUGUGAAUUAGCAUCACGAUAUAUUGGUUGAAUUGGACAUUUCAUCCCAGUUGACACUUGUCUUUGCUUUAAAAGGCUGGAAAGUGACAGUAACCAGGGACGAGGUUUGGUUGUGACAUUGAAACAAUGUUCGAUACUUAGUCGAUGUAAUUUUUUUUUUUUCUGUAAUGGUGGGGUAAAAAAAAUGUCACUAGACGUGGAGGGUUGUUGACUGGGAAUAUUGUCCUGUGUUCUCCCUUCAAAGCAAAAUGUAGAAAUCCGAACUUUGGGGAUUUCCAAAAGUAUUUGACUUAGGUGCAUCCCUGUCCACGGUGGUUUCCAUGGUAACUGAGAAACGCCGUGACGGUGGGGUGGAGGCUUGAUGCGAAAACAUUUCCUAAUUCUGUUGGUCAGAACUGAUCUUCCUUCAAGGGCGACGGACCGCAGCCGUUCGAUGGCAGCCUGGUUAAGACAGUAGGAAUGUCCGCCAGGUGGAUUGUACAAGGUGAAAUCAUUUUUGGUGAUUUUGUUUGCGUUAGGUGAUGAAAGGUCGUAAAAGAAAAAGAAAAAAAAAGGUCCAAAUGACACAAAAUUAUCGAUUUAAAUAUCAAGAAAAAAAAUUCACAAAAAAAAAAGAUGAAUAAAGAUGUCAAAGGCAAAUA